AAAAAUGGAAAAAAAUAAAAAGAAAAAGAAAAAUCAUAAAAUCGCAAUUAGCACUUACAUCAACAAUUUGGCCGCCAACGGGAAUUAUUUUCCCUUUCGUUUGGGCGCCAAAACAGACCCGGGAAAUGCUAGAGCUGGUUAGCGCGCGACAAUUUCGAAAGGGAAAAAAAGAAAAAAAAAAAAAUGAGAAAAAGACCAAUUCUCCAUGGUUCCCGCCCAUUCAAUGCUGUUUAUCUUCUUCCUCUCCUCAUGCAUAUAUGCAUUUGCCCAAAUGCGGAUCCUCCUUUUCGACCCACUAACCUAAACCCUCUGAGACAGUAAACCCUCCAGACCCGUUAUCAGCAUAAAUGGACAUCUCCGCCAUAGCCAGGAAGCUUGGGUUCUCAGACUCCAAGAACCUGAUUCGAAAAGCCGCCGAGCUCCGUCGCCUUUGUGAUGUCCAGUUCGACUCUUCCGUUAUUGGUGUCGGUGAGGUUUGCAAAGCUGUAAUGUGCUUAGAAAUCGCCGCCACUAGAUUGGGGAUUGUGUUCGAUCGGCCAAAUGCAAUAAGGUUGAGUGGAAUGUCCGAAAAGGCUUAUACGAGAUCUUACAAUUCAUUGCAGAAUGGGAUUGGAGUCAAGAACAAGCUGGAUAUUAGAGAAUUGGCAAUUCAAUUUGGGUGUGUAAGAAUCAUUCCGUUUGUGAAGAAGGGUUUGUCUUUCUAUAAGGAUCGCUUUCUAGCAUCUUUGCCACCUUCUCGGCGUGCAAGCGCAGAUUUCACCCGGCCUGUGUUUACUGCUGUAGCAUUCUAUUUGUGUGCGAAAAAGCACAAGCUGAAGGUAGACAAGCUUAAGUUGAUUGAACUUUGUGGUGCCUCUGAAUCUGAGUUCUCUUCAGUUUCUACCUCCAUGAAGGACUUGUGCUUUGAUAUUUAUGGGACAACAAAGGAGAAAAAAGAUCCUAAGGAUGUGAAGGUGAACCGAGAGCUGCUAGAUGUCUUACCAGAAAAAAGGAAAAUUGAGGAUGGUGGCUAUUUUUCUGAUGAAGGAGAGGAGGUUGUAUUGUCUACCCAAUCAAUAUUCAGAGGUCAUUGAAGUCUAUGGAAGAGGCCAUAUGGCGAGGAACAUAAACUCUCCAUAUCUUUGGUCUCUUUGCCUAACCUGCUGCAUUGAUAAUACACCUAAGAAUAAAAAUAAAUUCCCGUUGUAGUGGCUUUUAUAGUGAAUUUAGGAGGAACAGUCUUCUGCGGGGAAUGUUAGCUGUUUGUUCUAAAAAUUUUGUAUUGAUUUCAUUCCCUACUGGUUAUUUGUUAUCCGAAGCAUGGCAAGUGUCUGAACCAUUUGAAAACGAAUCCAGUCAAGUGCUUUCUUUUAUUGGCUAACUCUGCAAUUUCAAUUCCAUUGUCAAUUGAUCUUGGAGUGAUUUUCUAUUCUGUAGAUAGGGUCACCAAGUACUAUGAAGUUGUAUAAUUGUGAUUGAAAAAUGAUUCUUUUCACAUGUUAAACAAAAGUUAAAAUUAAAAAAAUUCAAAUUGAACAAAUAGGAUCUGAAAAUAAAUUUAUGUCUCCAAAUAAAACUCUGAUUUCAUAACCAAAAUAGUAUUUGCCUGCCAAUCAUAAUGUUCAAUCAUCUAUAUUUACAUGAUAAUUUUGCAUUUAAUAUAUGCCUGAGUAGACCAAGAAUUUGUAUUAACUUGUUCAAAUUCUUCCCCAGUGCCACAGCUCUCAUUUUCUUCCUUCCCAAUGUUUUCCUAUCACAUGUUGUACUUGCUUUCUGUUUGCAUGGUUUAUAUUAUAUUCUACUUGUACUUGACUGUUAAUUAAUGCUUCUUUCUCUAUCAAGA